AUCUUUGGUUUGACUGCCUUGGCAAAGCGAAAUGUCAAAUUGCCGACUGUUUUAGGUGUUGGACGUAGUUUCGUUCGUCUAAUCAGUUUUAGUUUAUAUUUAAUUUGUUAUAAAAGAACCAAAUGUGUAUUCAUGUACUUUAAAUAAACCGUAUAGUGAUUUAAUUAUGUUUUCACUCGUCGUGCACUUGUCGAAUUGCGAAAUGUUUGAAUUCUUCAAAUGCUAUUUCGGCAGAAUUUAAGUUUACUCGACUAUGUUGGUGGAUAUUAUUUGUGUAUAUUUGUAAUUUUAUUAAAAUUUAUGUUGCCGGUGAUUAAUGAAAUUACAUGAUUUAUUCACUUAAUGAUAAAUUAAAUGAGUAAACAUUUUUUUUGUGAACUGGAAUGCAUUAGUGUAAAAAACCUAACCACUUACUCAUAUGCAUAUAUAAAUAUUGUAUAUACUUGUUUCAUAUAAGAAUAUGCAAAAUUGAGCGCAUAUUAAUUUUUAUCCGUGUUCAUUAAAAUAAAAAUGAAAUGAAAUAUAUAUACCUAAAACACAAGUGAGUGCUUUAAAAUCGAAUUCAAAAUCAUAUGAAAGUGCUUAUUUCGAAAGUUUGUGAAGUGUUGUCUGUGUUCUAUGCGUUCGUUCACAUUGCCUAAAUAUUGAGGCAGCUGUCAUAUAGUACAAAUCUGUGAAAAAUAAGUGCAGAACACUGUUAACAACAUACUAAUUUGUAUACAUUACGUACCAUAAAAGAAAUGUUUGAUGUUUCCAACUCGUUUAUUCCGAGGAUAUCCGUAACUGCAUGACUAGUUAAAUUAUUUAAAAAUUCAAAUUAGAAAACACAAUCCAUCACAUAAAUCCAUCCAAAUAGCGAUCAACAACGUCCACCACAAUUAGCGUUGGUCAACGAGGCAGCUCCACGAAAAACUACUAAAUAAAUGCAAACACAAAAUCGAAUCGUCUAACUCCUGUGAAUGAAAUUAUAAACCAGCCAAGCAAAUAGCGACUGACAAUUAUUAUUUUUUUUCUGAAAAAUCGCUUACAUAAUUGUAGUAAAUAUCUUAGGCGUAGGCACAUAUAUGUACAUACAUAUACAUAUAUUUUAGAGAAAAAAAUUGCUCAUACAUUGCCAUGGACACUUGCAAUGCUUGAACGUUUUCGUUUGAGUAAUUUAGGUGCAAAUUGUCGUUUACGAAGUGAAGAACUGGCGCGCGAUAAGAAACAACAAAGGCAACAAUGUGUCACUGUCCUGCUUUUAGAUGACACAACGCACACCUUUCGGAUAGAGAAACGUGCUAAAGGAUCGGAAUUACUAAAUCAAGUAUUUCAAUUCUUGGAGCUAUCCGAAAGGGACUACUUUGGAUUGCUAUUUCCACAGAAACCCGGUGAUGUUGUUCGAUGGGUAGAUGCUCAUAAGCAAUUCAAAAAGCAAUGUAAUAACUUCGCUCUAGAAAAUGACGGCAUACAAACGUUAGAAUUUAGAGUUAAGUUUUACGUAAGUGACCCCAGUCGUUUGCAAGAGGAAUACACCCGAUAUCAGUUCUAUUUGCAAGUAAAGCGGAACAUUCUACUGGGGAGAUUGCCAUGCUCGGUCAACACGCAAUGCCUGCUUGCCAGCUAUACGGUGCAAUCCGAAUUAGGCGAUUUCAAUUCAGCCGAACAUCAGACAGGAUAUUUGAGCGCUAUGCAGCUGUUGGUCGAACAAACGCCAGAUGCCGAGCGAAAAAUAUCCGAAUUACAUAAACUGCAUCGUGGCCAAUUGCCUGCGGAUGCGGAGUAUAAUUACUUGGAGCAUGCGAAACGACUUGAUUUAUAUGGCAUCGAUUUACACAGAGCAACGGACUCUAAUGGAAAGGAACUUCAAUUGGGUGUAUCGGCGGUUGGCCUAUUAGUCUUCCAAAAUGGUUUGCGCAUAAAUACUUUUUCGUGGUCCAAAAUGGUGAAAGUUUCGUUCAAACGCAAAGACUUUUUCAUCCAGUUGCGCAGAGAACCGUCGGAAAGCUAUGACACGUUGUUGGGCUUUAGCAUGACCUCACAUAAGCAUGCAAAAGCUUUGUGGAAAUCUUGUGUCGAACAUCAUUCCUUCUUUCGUUUAAAACGACCGCAUCGCCUACCACGUUUCCUAAACAUCAGUCUGGGUUCGAAAUUCUACUAUUCGGGACGCACAGAAUUGCAGGCUGUGCAGGAGUCGAAACAGCGCGGCAUUGUGCAUAAGGCAUUCAUUCGUUCGCCGAGCAAACGACUUAUAACUGCUGGCCCUACAGUUGCCACAUCACCGUUACCGUUAGGACUGAUAAACGGUACCAGUGGUUCAGAUAGCAACGGAAGCGUCUCACAUAAUGGUAAAAUCACUUCUUCCGCAUUGAUAAAUCAUACGUCCAUUUUGACCAUUACGAAAACGAGCCGUCCACACGAUAAUAAGGUAACCUCAAAGCAGACUGAAACAAUGCCUCGUAAGGCUUGGGAACAACAGAGCGAUGAAUACGAUAUACAGCUGGAUACCGGCAUUAUAGCUAGACGUUUCGAAUCACCAAUACCGCCAGCCUACAGUUCGGUUAGUCACAGUCCGAUAUUGAACUCAAAUAUGGGUCCACCGAUUACGACCAUUAUAAAUGGGAACUCGUCAACAGCGUUGGACAGUGGAAGUGAUUUGGUUACUAUACGCUUGCAAUGUGACGAACAGGGUCGCUUUGGUUUUAAUGUUAAGGGUGGCAUAGAUCUCGGACUGCCUGUCCAGGUGUCCAAAGUGGUGCCGAACACGCCAGCAGAUCGCUGCACGCCACGCGUCUGUGAAGGAGAUGAAGUAGUAAUGAUUAACGGACGUGAUGUUGUUGGUUUGCAACACGAUCAAGUAGUCACGAUGAUACGCGACAGUCGCAGUCAACGAGGGGGUGAACUUUUGCUCACAGUACGUCCAAAAGCAAUGCGCGCCAUCCUGUCGGAAGAGGAGCCAUUGUAUCAAUAUGUUCCAGAAAACGAUGAAAUCGGCUCACAUUCGAAUCUGCUGGAUGGGGACGCAUUAUUCACGCAGAGCUUGUUGUUGUUGAGCGACGGUUUAGCAUCUGGCGCGCUUUUGGCUCAAUACGAACUGAUGUAUCGCAAGAAUCCUGAGUUGGCGAUUACAGAGGCGCGGAAGCCGGAGAAUAUUGCUAAGAAUCGCUAUCGCGACAUAUCACCAUAUGACUGCACGAGGGUUUCGCUUGUAAAUUCGAUGACUGGCGAUUAUAUCAACGCGAAUUACGUGAACAUGGAAAUACCAGGCGGUGUGGUGAAUCGCUAUAUCGCCACACAAGGUCCCUUGGCCAACACCACAACCGACUUUUGGCGUAUGGUGCAGCAAGAGAGCAGUCAUUUGAUCGUCAUGUUGACUACCGUCAUGGAGGCGGGACGUCAGAAAUGCCAUCAGUAUUGGCCAGUUACUGGCGAUGAAUUACACUUGGGAGAUGGGUUUUCGGUGAAAUGUCUCAGCGAGCAGGCGGACGAAACGGGAAGCUUUGUAUUUCGUGAAUUUGUUUUGUGUGACAAACGAACGUUUGAACAACGGCACAUUCAGCACAUGCAAUACCUGGCUUGGCCCGAUCACUGUGUGCCCUCCGAUCCGAAUCUCUUUAUUGAGUUCACGGAGCGUGUGCGUGUGGCACGCAAUAAAACCUUAUUGCAGGAAAUCGAAGAGAGUCUGAAACAGGUGCGGCUACUAGACGCCGAUGCCGAUGAAAAUGGCGGAUUAAUGAGUGAACGCAAAUGUGCUGCCAGCAAUGGUGUUACGCCGGAAGAUGAGAACCCAGUUUCGACUAGUGUGCAUCAAUGUAUAAGUGCGGCAAACCCACCUGUGAUAGUGCAUUGUUCAGCCGGUAUUGGACGCACAGGUGUGCUUAUAUUAAUGGACACGGCUUUAGGUCUGAUGGAAAUCAGAGAGCCCGUUUAUCCACUAGACAUUGUGCGUACAAUGCGCGAUCAACGUGCCUGCAUGGUGCAGAAUGUGAGCCAAUAUCGUUUCGUAUGCGAAUGCAUUUGUGCAGCAUAUAUGAAAUUGUCACGCUCUAGUGCCGCCCUUGAUGAUAUGGAAGACGAUUAACAAUAAUUAUUGAACUAGCAUAUAUAUUACAUACCUACAGACAUUUAUACACAUACAAAUGUAUGUUGUUAUAAUAUUUUUCUAUAUUUACACACACACAUUAUGCUUGCGAGCAUAAAAGAACGAUGAAAAACAUAUACUUUACAUAUACACAUACAACAUAUAUUUUGUCCAAUCAUUUAAUAUUUAUUUUAAUUUAGAUUUGCGUCUACCACUUAUAAGCGCGCAUCUGAUUUUUCCCAUAAAUUUAUUCUUUUUGUUGUAUAUAUAUAAAAAUAUAUCAUUACGUACAGCGCUUUAUAUCGCUCGACAUUUCUUGUUUCCCAUUAUCUACAUAUAUUUAAUGAUAGUUUAUUUGUAAGAAACGAUUUUUGCAACGACCAUAGCGCAUUAUAAAUGCGCGGUUUUGUUAGCUAACUACAUACAUACAUACACACAUUGAUGUAUAUGCAAGUGGAGCAUUUUUGAUUUGAUCAUAUGUUGGGUUAGUUCGUUGGAUCAUAUAGUGUCUAACCAAAAUUUGAUUUUUAUUGCAAAUUUUAUUUAGUAUUUUAUAUUUAUUGCACUUCUGUCAUUUUUUCCACUUCCAAGCUGCUUUUUGACGCCUGUGUCACCACAUUUAUUUAUGUAAUAUAUUAUUGGGCGAAUUACAUGAAAGACAAUUGAGAGAAAAAAUGAAUUUACACGUAAGUGCUGCAACGCAAUUCUAAAUUUUAUUGUAAAAUAUGUGAAUGCUGUAGAAGAGAUACAUACAUGUAAGCAUAUGCGCAAUAUCAAUUUAUAAGUAAAAAAAUUGUAAGUCAAAUAUAAUUUAAGACUUGCAACCACAUACGUCUUGAAGAGUAUUCGCGAGUGCUAUUGCGAUAUUUAAUAAUUUAGAAAUAGUUACUCUCACUCCACAAUGUGUUUGACGAAUAAACCCAUUAGACAUAAUUUUACUCUAUUACGAAACUUAUCAAUUUAAUAGUAUUGUAGCACCAAAUAAAUAUUUAUUGUACCCUCGUAUUCACGAUUAUUGCAAUUCAAUCAUGUCCAAGCGUGACUGAACUUAUUUUAAUAUAAAUAAUAAUAAAAAAUCCGCUUAGAUUGAAGAUA